AUGCGAGGCGCCACGAUUCUUGCCAGGUUGCCGGCAAAGUCGGCGCAGGAUCCAGUGCUGGAAGCGGCAAAUCGCUUCGCGGAAUGCGGAGAUGUUGCAAGAGUCAAGGAGCUGAUCGAGCCUUUGCUCAAGCUUUCGAAGAAACGAUUUUUCUUCAACUUGGUUUUGAAAGCAUAUGCCAACGCUGGGGAUCUGGUGGGCGCAGAAGCUUGGCACCUGCGAAUGGAGCGGGAGCAGGUGGUCGCGAGUGGCCGGACCUAUGGGAAGCUCCUGAAGUGCGCCGCCAAGGCCAACGAGGCGCGGCGAGCGGAGCUGUGGCUUUGGGCUGCGCUGCGCGUCGGCUUCGCCGUGGACGGCACGCAGUUGGUGAGCCUCGUGGACGCCUUCGCCCGUAGCAACGACCCCCGCCGCGCUGACGCCUGGCUCGCGCGCAUGCUCUUGGUGACACGUGGCUCACGCGGCUUACGCGGCCCAAGUGGCUCACGUGACGUGGGGGCCCGGGGACCAGAGCUGGCGGCGCAGGGCGCGUCCCUCGCUGGUUGGGCCCACGUGGGGGACCUGCGCCAGUCUGCGCUUGCUGCGACGUGCUUCAGCCGUCGCCAAUGGGGAAAUCUCUUGGAAGCCUGCGCCAAGGCCAGCGAUGCCGCCAAGGCCUCUCAGUGCUUUCAAUCUGGCCUCGAUGCAAAGCUGAAGCCGUGCUCAAUGACCUACACGUCCCUUAUCGAUGCGUAUGGUCGCUCGGGGGAAGGUGGUCAAGCCGAGAAGCAAGUGCUUGCCAUGAUUCGAGCUGGAGUGCAGCUUGAAGGAAUUGUAGGUACUGCCUUGCUGAACGCUUGGGCCAAGCUUGAGAUGCAGCGCACAGAGGCGUGGAUGAAGCGCUUCCACCGCGCCCAGGUGCCUCUGGAUGCCAUUGCCCACACCACCUUUAUCUCCGCCUGCGCGGCCGUGGGUGACGGAAGUCGUUCCGCCUUCGUUUCCACCAGGGCAGAGGGUAGUCUUCAAGAGAUGGAACGACGUGGCAUGCAGACAAAUGCCAGCGGCUAA